AGAGAAGAAAGAAGAGAAAAGAAGCGUGGAAAUAUAAGAAAGAGAAACAGGCGAGGCUAGGUGUGAUUUUCCAAAGAAGGAUAAGGGUUAGCGAUAACUGCGGAACGAUUACGAGUGGCCAAAGGUCUGCACGUCGCGUAAUUUCUCAGAGAGCCACCGAAUGCCGGAGAAGAGAAGUGGGAAUGUUCGAUAGUGCGUUCUUCUCGAGAUCCGAGGGUCUUCGAGUCGGUUAACCAGUGUUUGUCGUGGAAACGAAGCGCAAUCGACGACAACGGUCCAGACCUGCCAGAUGGCGAUUAAAAUUGCCGAAAGCAUCGUCGAGUCAAUGGCAUCGGCUGUCGAGUUUGCAGCCGGAAUAUCUUUGGGCCAAUCGUUCCUUAAAUUAUGCGAUCGGUUCCUUUGGGUCAUUGAGAAAUCGACUCAGUGGAGUUUACCGAUGCAAGAGAUCACCGUUGAAGAGAAUGGAAAGGUGUUCGGACAGAAGGAGCUGGUCAGACCUCUUCCGUGGGUUCUCUUUAUUCCGGGUCUGAUCAUUCUAAGAGCAAUCAGGACGAUCCUAAAUGUAGGAUCCUUCAUUCUGGGAUAUCCAGAGGUUCAACCAACUAGAAUGGUACAAUUUAUCCAGAAAAGCCGCAAGCAACUUAGAACAAUCAAGACCAACGGCUUAAAGACCAUACGCCAACGAAAACUGGGCAUUGAAUCGGAGACUGCGGUGUCUAAAGAAAAGUCUGUUGUUGAUUCUGCAACAAGCCCAAUGCAGGUCGGCACAAAGCGGACGUACAGUCGAUAUAGUUCGGACGAAUCGGAUGGCGGAGAAAAAGACAUUCUGCAGUCUAUAAUUGCCCAUCUAGCUGUGGAGAGCGACGAGAAUGAUCCCGAUUUUGACGUAGAAAACUGUUCUUCAACUACUGCAACUUCGGACGAAAACGUGUCCUUACACGAGGUAGCCGAUCUUCUCGAAGAUGCGAAAAACCCGAAUAUUUUUCCUGAUCCGAAAGAUCUCGAAGAAUACGUUCAACAACGUAACACGGUUGCUGAUAUAGCCUGUGAUGCAUCUGAUGAAAAAAUUGGUUUCGGCAGAUCCGAGUGUGGAAGACUUACACCGAACAAACUUGGGAUAGACAACGAACCUGGAGUAUUCUAUUCUCCUAUCAGUUCAAAGAGCACUUCCCCGGAGAGACUGGUAUCCCCCACUGAUCUUGAAAUAUUGCUGUCACCGUCGGAUAACUCAACCCCGAAAGACGUGGGCAAUGGGAAACUGAAUUCUAAUACCGUCUCCUCAAAUGGUAUAUCAGAAGAAGAAUUUGGUUUUAUCGACGGCAACGGAUUCAUCAACAGCGAACGUAACGAAUGACCAAACUGAAGAUAAACGAGUGCCGCUUACUGGUAGUAAAGCUUAUUGUAAAGGAAAGCGCAUUAACUAUGGCAAUCGCAACAAUCACGGAAACCGAAAGAAGAAAUAGAAGGGGCUUUUUAAUUUCAAUCCAGUAAUGAUUAAAUUUGUUGUUCUUACCAAAUGAAUUAAUGAAAGUGAGAUAUUUAAGGUGUAAUGAAAGGGGCAUCUGAGGGGGGGGGAGAUAUUUUAUAAAACUUUUUUCUGAGCUAUGUAUACCGAAUCGUUUGAAAUUUUACCAUACAAAUCCUAUGAAAGUUCCUGUCAUAAAUGGAAGUUCAUUUAAAAAAUUGAGUUAUAAAUCAUUUUUUUAAUUUUCUAUAAAAAUAAAAUUGUACAGGUGUCGUGACUUUCUUUAGGGCUCCCAUAUUAACUUGGUAAUAUUUCAAAUAAUUUGAUACAUCCAAUAUGGACAACAUUUUCAUAAAAUAUUGAUCCCACAGAUGCUUUCAUAUUACCUUAUGUGAUACGUAUUUAACAAAAAUUUCUUUUCUGUUACACUUGAGAGCGUUUAACGAGAGUUAUGUGUCAUGGAAAAAGUUAGUUGCUCACAGGUUGUUUUUUGUAUGCACUGUCCCACCCCUCCUAAAGUUGUUAAGCGCUUAUUACAUUGUUUGAAGUAAUGUAACUAUAUGCUUUGUAUGGUUACUGAAUCUUCUUUUCGUCGCCAAUUGUACAUCAUGGCCCGAAUCUUUGUAAUAUGUCAAAUAUUUUGGUUAAUGCAAGACAGGAAUGGGUUAACCUCAACACGUGCGAUCUGAAAUGAGAAAAAAUUACUAAAUUACAAAUUACCAUAAGUUGUAGUAAGUUCUGUACCUCGUCAUAUAUUAUGUAGCGUGUAUCUUUAAAAAUACCAUGCGCACUUUAUAUGUAUUUAACAUUUCUCUUAAAAGAUUACGAACUAAAUGUUCAUCAAGGUGUUUAUCACUCCAGCAAGUAAAGAUUAUGAAAGUGUUCCUCAACCGAUUAAAUCGAUCAAAUGUCCGUUUCAAAAAUGAAGUAUAGAUGCAUGUUUAAAUAGGAGGUUCACCACGGACACGAAUGCCUUCCCAUUAUAUGCUAACGGCACAAUAUUUGUAAGGGAGGCAUCCAUAUCCGUUAGUGUACAUGAUGAAAAUUAGGGUCCGAAUAGGAAAUAAUUAAAUAUGUUUAAGAACUUUCUUGUCUUUCCUCAAGAUGAAAUGAAAGUGGCGUCCGAUAUGUCAAAAUAUUUAUAAAACUUUUCUCCGAAUUGAGUGCAUUGAAUUAUUUGAAUCCGAUGCGGUUUUUUUUAUAGGAUAAAGCAUAGAAAUAAGAAACUAGGAGAAUGAAUACAAUACUAUAAGAAUUCACGUAAAAUUGAGUAAAGAUCUUCCUUUUUA